AUGGCAUCACCGGGAUUUACCCAUGUCUUUGCCGCUCUGCUGGCCGUGAUCAACUCGAAGCUGCCCGAAGUGGGAGAUCUCCUGAUCCGGCGGGUCAUUCUGCAGUUUAGACGUGCCUACAAGAGGAAUGACAAGAUUGUGACUACCGCGGCAAUCCGGUUCAUGGCCCACUUAGUGAAUCAGAAGAUAGCGUCGGAGCUCCUCGCGCUGCACGUGGCGACGCUGCUGCUGGAGCGAGUGACGGAAGAUUCCAUCGAAGUCUGCGUCAGCUUCCUUCAGGAAGUGGGGCAAGCACUGGAGGAGCUGUCCAAGGCAGGCUGCCAGGCCAUCUUCGAGCGGUUCCGAACCAUCCUGCACGAAGGAGAGAUCGACAAGCGCGUGCAGUACGUCAUCGAGGGCCUCUAUGAAACGCGGAGGAAGAGGUUCUCAGAUCACCCGAUGGUUUUGGAAGAGCUCGACCUCGUCGAAGACGAAGACCAGAUCACCCACGAGGUGGACCUUUUGGAUGAGACGAUCAAGGGCGAGGAGACCCUGAACAUCUUCAAGGCAAUUCCACCCGAGCAGUAUGCUGCGGAUGAGGCCAAGUGGAAGCUGAUCUCCAGCGAGAUUCUGGGCCUCGAGCAGGAUGAGGGCAGCGACAGCAGCGACGAUUCGGAUGAGGAGGCGGACGCUGCUGCAGAUCGUCGCGCGCAGGAGAAGAUUCUGGACUUCACCGAACAAGAUUUGGUGAACCUGCGCAGGUCCAUCUACCUCGUGAUCAUGUCUUCGGUGCACUACGAGGAGUGCGUGCACAAGAUCCUGAAGCUCAACAUUGCCGAGGGUCAGGAGAAGGAG